CUGUGUAAUAAUCCAGAGUUCAGUCACGGCAGUGUGGUUUCAAAUUACUACUUCCAGGAUCCGAACUUGCAAUAUCUUUGCCGUGGAUCACUUUCUGACUACGCCGCAUGUCAGUGCAAAGAGGAUGAAGGCGAAGUCGCAUGCAUAAAUGCACAAUUCGUGGACACAGAUGUUUUCUUCAAUCUUAAUGCCCACUACAAAUCGCUUCAAAAGGUGACUUUCCAUGGAAACAACUUUCAAGAUCUGCCAUCUACAUCGCUAUUCGGCUCUGUAAGCCAUAGCAGAUUACACACGCUGAAUAUUUCAGCCAAUUAUAUAGGUUCGUCUGGUAUACUCAUAUUUUGUUCACAUAUGAGCGCAGCUGUGAUAAAAAUGAUGCUGUGUCAUUCACCACACUAA